UUGCCCGUAAAAGAGAAGACGAAGAAGUGGAACGGGGAAGUGUUGACGCGUAUAUUCAUGCAGAGCAUCCCCCAUUUUUUUCAUUCUAAUCAGUUCUGGAGAUAAACGUUGUAAUGUCGUGUUCCGUUUGUAUAACAGCGGGCAGCUGCGUGUCGAACAGCGGGCAGGCGGCGUGAUGGAGGCGGCGCAGUUCGGUUGAUUCUGUCCGCGUAGAGUCCUCUAAGGCACCAUGAUCCCAGUGUCUCUCCUGGUGUGUGUGAUGGCAGGCUGGUGUGCCGUGUACCUGGCCGACACGCUGCUCAGGUCAUCGGCGACGCACCGCAUCAGCUACGAGUCAUGGCUGGCGAGUCGAGGGCUCUCGCUGUCUCCUUUUCAUGUGCGAUGGCACACCACCAUGUUCAACCGGCUGUUUGCAUACUGCGCCCGCAUCAACCCUCAAGCCCUUUACCUGUGGUUUAACAGUGGUCUGGUGUUUGGAAUAGUCGCCAUGCUGGGAUCAGUUGUGCUGCUGAUUAGGACGCUGCAGCAGACACUCGCUCAGAUGACCACAGACAAUCCUCGUAUAGGAGGUCAGCAGGCACUGCAGGUGGUGGUUCCUGGUGUCAAUCUGCCCACCAGUCAGCUGGCCUACUUCUUCAUUGCCCUGCUGCUCAGUGGAGUUAUACAUGAGCUGGGCCACGCUGUGGCAGCACUGAGGGAACAAGUGCGGGUUAAUGGAUUCGGCAUGUUUGUGUUUGUGUUGUACCCCGGCGCGUUCGUAGACCUCUUCACCACACACCUCAACCUCAUAUCGCCCUCUCAGCAGCUCCGUAUCUUCUGUGCUGGGGUGUGGCACAACUUUGUCCUGUGUGUCGCAGCAUUGGCCUUUCUCUUCCUGUUGCCUGUCUUACUGUUCCCCAUGUACUUCACUGGAGCCGGGGCGCUGGUCACUGAGGUUGUGCAGGGCUCUGCAGCAGACGGUCCCCGGGGUCUGUCAGUCGGGGACAUAGUGACGGGGCUGGAGGAGUGUGCGGUCAGGGGAGUGGACGACUGGAGCAGCUGCCUGUCUCACCUCUCUCACACCCCACAGACUGGAUACUGUGUCCCGGUGGCCAGUCUGCAACCCAGCUGGGCUCACGGGCGACCUUAUAAGCGGUUGGAUGGAACAAUAGACUGCUGCAGCAACAGCAGCAUGACAGACCUCUGUUUCUCUUACAAUAAACCACAGGGCAAGAACAACCAAGAGAGAGAGUACGCCUGCAUGCCGGUGCGUAAGAUGGUGACGGGGACGCCGGUGUGUCGCACGGAUGAUGACUGCGCCGCUCACUCCCGCAUGGCCAGCGUCUGCGUCACUCCCUCUCUGGAGAACCAGACGCGCUUCAUCCGCGUCACGCACCCGCCCAGCACACGCAUGCUGUUUGUGGGGUACCCACCGCACCUUCAGUAUGCGGUGAGUCUGACAAACUUCGUCCCUCGCUUUGGUUUCCUCCACUUGGAUCUGCCCGUCUUCCUAGAGACUUUCUGCAAAUAUGUAGUGUCCCUCUCUGGAGCACUAGCAGUAGUCAACUCUGUGCCGUGCUUCGCUCUCGACGGCCAGUGGAUGCUGAACGCUCUGCUGGAGGCCACGCUGGUCGCCGUGGUUACAGACCGCCAGAAGCGCGAGCUGAUCGGCUUCUUCCUGCUGCUGGCGGGCAGCGCCCUGCUGGCGGCCAACGUGGCCCUGGGCCUGUGGAUGGUCACGGCGCGGUAGCCGCAGCGGGCAGCCGGCCGGCGAGGCACAAACUCUGACGAAGUGACUGUGAUGCAAGACUGAGAGACGUUGUCUCAGGAAGUGUUUGAGAUGCGGGGACCAUCUAACUGUGAUGAACGGGAACAGGCUGCGUUAGAAGCUGUUUAGCAGAAUGUUACUCUGCCUUUCACCCCUCGCUGGACCUCCAGGAAAAACAAAUGGACUUCUUCCAACUUAUUGCCGCCAUAUACACAAAAGCACAUAUGAAAUGAAAUAAUGCACUUGCUCUAAAGCACUGUACUAUGUGACUGUUUACACAGGCUGCACAUAAGUUCCACAAUUUAAUAUCUGUGUUGUGUUUGUGCUUAAGGUUGGUUUUUAAUGGUUUCCAAAAAAUGCCAUAUUUCCAGCUGAACACCAAGAGAGUGCGUUGUCUACCUUAAUGUACCUUUGGCCAUAAAACCGCCUUAAUUUCUCUGGCUAAGGCGUGAAAAUACCUUUACUACCACAGCUGGAGAAACUACCUAACAUUACUGUGACAGUGCUUCAAACGAACUGCCUCCUCACAUGUACAGUUAUUCAGUGACACCUACAGCUUUUGUAAAAUUGAAAAGGAAAACAUUUGUAAUGCAGGUGGAACAUUUAAUUUCCCAGUUAAGUGUAUUUUCCUUUCUCAGGCACUGCAGUGAAAAAAAAACGUUUCCCUGCCUCCUUUUCAACGGAUUAAUUUUUGUUCCUAGUCUGGUGUCUGUGCUCUGUAGAGGUUGAUUUAUCAAUACUGGAUACAAGGACUACCUUUAUGGAAGUGCUCUCACUGUUAACGACAAAGAAUAAAGGGUUUGAUUCACUGCA